UAUACCAUACCCAAAACCCCUGUCAACGAUACAAGAGGGGAUCCCAGUCGUCUGCGGCUUUUCUACCCCACUCAACUUCCGCCGUCGACCAUCCUCCAAGACGACCCCUGGGUGCCAUGUUGCCUAUGAGCCGGUCCGUCUCCGCUGAUCCAUUUAACCCAACGCUCUCAGGGCUCUAUUUUAAUAUCGUCUUUUUUCUGAAUCGUCCACUGACAGGCCAGUACGCCACUCUCUAGGCGCCAUCUCUGACUCUGGACCCCGACCUUGAUCCAUGAUUGAUGGUCCAUCACACAUAGCACACGCAGUAAAGGCACCCACACUGGUACGAACCCUGUGUCUGCGUCUUUCUCAAAAUCAUCUCAACCUGCACUUUUUCUGCUCUGGAUUUCCUUCUUGGGCCUCCCUCUUCUUAGUCUUCUCUUUCCGCCUUUGCAUUGUGUAUUGUGUCUCCCUGUCUGUUGGUGUCGCCUCAUCACACUGUCACAUCUUCAGCUCCAGCAGUUACCUUGAACCUUGAUAUCACAACUCCACCAACGACCGUUUACACCAGCCCCCAAAGAGAUUGAUCAACUUUCUUCUUAAGGAGAAAAAGGAUCAAGACUUCUCUCUCGCCUCACCGCAUCUGCCUCUUACUAUUCACCGUCGCGGCCGAGACAUACAGCCCCAAGAGUUCCGUUCGUUGUCCAACCUCACUUGCCCGUCGCUACCCGCGUGCCCGUAUCGCACCGUAUCGCGCAGUGACAAAACAGAAUUCAGUAUAACACGAUCCGAGACUUUGGCUUACCGACACAUCAAGAAACCGUCAUUGUCCGGGUGCGGGCAGCAGAGGAUUCCGAGGCAUGUUCGGCAGCCCUAAAGUGUAGCUUUCCGACUGUUCCUGCGACCCCGAGAGCAACAAAAGUGUAGACCCCGCUAUCGGGGGUCGUUCGUCGUCGACAUCGAUUCGCAUCAGAACAGUCAAGAUUCAAGAAAGAAUAUCAGGCCCAUCAUGUCCGUCCCCGUGGCUGGUUCGUCACGGAAUCGCACCGUAUCGUUAAGUUCCGGUGGAAGGUCUGCAACAAGGAGUAAGACGUCGCAGGUCCCAGACAGCACCACGAUGCCUCAUGUUACCGAUUUAAAGUACUUUGACCCCUGCGCCGCCACUGCGUCCAUGUUUUUGUACGCCCAGGGUUCAUCCGUUGUUUGCUGUCACCAUGAUACUCUUACCAUUGAACGAAGGUUUUCUCGACACGCUGAUGAGGUUCAAUUGUUAGCGGUCGAUAAUCAGAGUGAGGCUGGUGGUGGCCGCUUCGUUGUCAGUUACGAUGCUGGCCAAACAGCAAUUGUGUGGGAUCUAAUGACAGGCGAUGAGAUCUCUCGAUUUGCCUGUUAUGAUCAUUUAACUGUCGCAGCGUGGAUGAAAAAUGGCAAUGUGGCUUUUGGCAACACAAAGGGAAGCAUUAUCAUGUUUGAGCCAUCAACAUCCGAACAUGUUUCUUCAAGGACUAUUGACCAAAUUGCUGUGACUGCAUUGGCACCAUCAGCUGAUUGUCGAACAUUUGCCAUCGGCUACCAGAAUGGCUCUCUAUUUGUUGCAACCUUGCAACCACGCUUCACUAUCUUACACAACCUUACCACUUCCAGAGGACCGUCACCUAUCGUAAAUCUCGCGUGGCAUGCUUCCUCGUCUCGGCAAAAGUCGGACAUGCUUGCUGUCCAGAUGCGUGACGGUGACUUGCGAGUCUGGAGCGUUGCAAAGAAAUAUAGCGCCGAUGACCCUGCAAAGGUGGUUCGAAACCUCAGGAAGGCUGAGAUCUCCAUGGAUGGACCCAACUGGAUGGGAUGGUCCAAAAACGGUCGCAUAAUUCAGUACUCCGACUCGCAAACACAGUCAUGGGAUGUUAGGACAAAGCACGUCACUCAUGAUCCCAUCCCGACUCUCGAUCUUGUUCGCGGCCUUGCCGUCUAUGGCCCCGGUGCCACGUUGUUCACCCUUGGCCCCAAUAACACCGUGCAGCAAUUCGACCUGAACUCGCCGGCCAUCAUGGUCGCCAAUGUCCAACACCCAGCAAACCUAUUGCCACCCUCGCCUCCAGUCUCAGAAGAAACUGGUGAUCGAUCAGCGACCUCGGCUACUACUAUCGCCUCCGAGUCUGAGACGAGCUCUAUCCCCCUGGACAUGAAUAUUUCCGAGAGUGAUGAGGAUCACCUAUCACCAUUUGCUCGCCUGACUCGACGCCAAGCUUACGACUCUGGUAAUGAGCCUUACGAAUCAGCCAGCCCUGUCUCAAGCCGAAGUGGGCUCUCAUCCUUAUCUAAGUCCUCAGCUGGGUCGUCUCAAACCCCUGGCCGUUACUCCGGAUCCAUGAGGUCAAGAGGACUGUCAGAAAACACCUAUAUCUCGGCUGGAACCUCGAUCAGGUCAUCAACUAUUGGCAACAGUGCUCACGGUAACACAAGAGAUUUGGACACUUAUUCCAUGGGAUACUCUCUUGGCACUACAAGUGUUCCUUCCAUGGCCUCAAGCCGAUCACGAAGAAGACCUUCUCGCCUGCGCAAUGAAGUUCCCCGUAGCCCUGACGACAACAAGGUGCACGACCUAUUCAAGUUUACUCGGGCGCGUCUCAGUGAUAUUCCUUACAAGCAUGCUAUGGGUGCCAACAGUGCUCGUCUCACCAAUGAUGAUCUGCGCCGUCAAAUGCUCAACACCAUCUUCGGAUGGAACAAAGAGGUUGAAGACCUGAUUAGGGAUGAGAUGAGUAGGCAUCCCCAAGGAUCUCCCAGCCGCAUUCUAUUGGCCAAAUGGCUUGGUGAUAUCGAUCCCAAUAUCAUGAACGCAAACUUCGAGAACAUGACUUCUUCUGACUGGAUGUUGUUGGCUCUGAGCGGCAUCGGCGGCCAUACCUCACAACAGAAGCUUGGCCAUACGUACGUCCAGCGCCUACUUGAGGCUGGCGACGUGCACGCAGCAGUUACGAUUAUGCUUGGUAUGGGUGAUCACAACGACGCCAUCGAGGUGUAUAUCUCUCACAAGCGCUACAUGGAGGCGCUGAUCCUCACAUGCCUCUCAGCCCCUAGUGUUUGGGAACGGCAAGCUGCCAUUAUCAGGAAAUGGGGAGAGUGGGCAGUUCAACAUGGCCAACAGCAGCUAGCUAUCCGAUGCUUUGCUUGCACCGAUCAGGAAUCUACUGAGCCUUGGACUUCUCCAUCCGCUGCGCAGCUGAAUUUCCAGACUAUGACUCCCAGUAUUCCUGAGAUCUUAAGCCCGCCUCUCUCACCUCCGGGUGUUCAACGUGGCCCCCAACGCAGCAUCGCAAAGACCUCUGCUCUCAAGCUCAUCACCUCAUUUGGUGAUCAAACGCAAAAGUCAAAGUUCUUUGCUGGCGAUGGUGGUCAAACCCCGAUUGCCGCGGGUGUUACCCCUAUCGCUGACUCUGCCGGCUCUCCCGCUUUCUCUCAUGCUUCCAACAACGAGGCCACGACAGCCUUCCUUCGCCCUUCAAACAAUAGCAGAUUCAAUACCCCAGUCUCUGCCCGAGGACGUGGGCGUUUGCCGUCCAUUGGUGAGAUUCCCUCAGACCUCAACCGGGAGGCACUUAGAUCUGCUGAACUGUCUGCUGUGCCAUAUGAUUAUGAGCCUCGAUCUGGUCAUGCUCGAACACCAUCUGGCAAUGACAACAUGAUGAUGGGUACCGCAUUACAGCGCGCUGCUACUGCGAGCCCGAUGAUGAUGCGAGAGCACGCUCAACGCGUUGUCCAACCAAGUGAGGGCGAUUUUCCACCACCACCUGACCAGGCCACUAUGUUGAAGAUGCAACAAGCAUCACGUAAUCAUCGUAAUGGCUCCCGUGACCGCAUUCCUGUGGGCGUGAAUCUACAGCUGCAUCCUGGGCCGGCUCACGACGACAUUACAUCUCCAGAGCAGUCAGUUACUUCUUCUACCCGCUAUCACUGGCCAACUCGCCGCAGAGGUCCUGCCUCUGUGACAAGUUCUGUCACUUCUGCAUCAAGCGCUGGAAGAAGUCUUCGCCAUCAAGCUGUGCGCAACCGAGAAGAUUACAUCCAUAGCUUGGAUGCUGCCAAUCACUACUCCAAGAGACAGCGCAGUCGUCAGCGUAGCCAUUCAAGAACUCGGGAUGCUUCACGCAGUCGUCCUGGAAGCCGAGAGCGAACUGCACGCUCCCGAGAACCUUCUGAGGAACGUGGACGCGUCAGUGCUCGCAAUUGGCCCAAGGCGAAACGAUCGCCUACUUCCCCCAUCCCCAUGUCCCCAGAGGACUUGCUGAACUUGAGCACUCCACGACAUGGUCAGGUCGCUGAGCCAAACACAGUACGCAAGGUUAGCGGAUCAACUGCCAAGCCAAAGAGCCGCAAUUCAAGCCGUGGAAGCCGCCGCAGGAGCCCAGAAGGCCGCUCUCGCCCGCCAGCUCUUACACUUCGUGGCCGAAGUCAAGGCCGGGAGAGUUCUGCACAACGUUCUCCUUCUUCACCAUUGCCUCUGAGUGCUGCCAUUCACCAUUACCAAGGCUCCGAGGAUGAAGAAGACUACAGAGCAGCCAUGGCUGCCCAAGAGGAAUUCAGGAACAAGCACAGCCGCAGUGGCAGCCGAGGUCUUGGCUCACCGGCCUUGAGCAAGCAAGAUGCUUCGGAGCACCGACGCAGGGCCAACUCUGAGGUCGCCAACUUCGAUAGUUCUAUCUCUGUUCACGGCAGAUCUGCCUCAACUGAGCAUGCUGGUGACCUCAAGCAAAUGAAGGACGAGCGUCAGCGAAAGAAGGAACAGGCUGCACGGGAACUCGAGGAGCGCCGCAAGUCUCUGGCCAAGCGUGCCCAAACACCUUCAAUCCCUCAUCCUAACGAGUUCUCUCCCGCGCUUGCGAUUACGGUUGAGACUGCUGAGCCAAAGCCGCUGCCUGACGACAUCCCACCUCGCAGUGCUACUGAGCCACCACAAAGGAGCAUGUAUGCCCGUAGCGGACCUGUUAUCGGACUUCCAGCGACCCCAAAAGCCAUGCGACUUAUCAUUGAGGGCAACCAUGAUCAAUCAGGAAGCACCCCCAGGCCGGAUGUGCCUAGUAUCCCAGCUGGCUUUUCUCAGCGAUAUUCGCCAGAAACUUCACCUCAACAGUCGCCUGAGAGAGAGGAGCCAGUUGCCGAGCCCAGUCUCACUUUGCUGCCAUCCACCGUCUACCAGCCACCAGCGCGACCUCCUAUUCCUCGUAGCAUGUCAGCUCCCAUUCCUGAUGAGCCUGGUCAGCGCCCUGCUCGCUUCGCACGCAAGAACAGUGUUGGACGCAUUGAAGAAGUUGUCCCUGGUGAGCGACGACGUUCUCACGAAGACCCUAUGCCCCCCCCUCCUCCUCCUCCAGCACCCCCUGUUCUUAAGGAACUCAGGCAUUUGGCUUCACCACCCCCACCGCCUCCUGCCCCUCUGCAACACGCCCAGCGACAUCAGCAGGCUGGCGCUGUUGCAUCAGGCAUGAUUGAGAUUGUCAUGGACGACGAUGUAUCAUCUGGUAAUGAUCAAGCUUCAGAGGCCAGCCCUCCGGCUCCAGCUUCCCACAGGAGCCACAACCGAGGCCGAAGCAUUGGAGACAGCAGCAGCAUCUCAGGCCGCAUUCACAAGGCCACUGAGCGACUCCGUUCUGCCAGCCGCAGUCGAAAGGAGUAUAUCCGGUCUCCUCCUUUUGAGGCUCCCUACGAGAGCAUUCCCAUGCCUCGACAGAUGAAGUCUCCCCCACCAGUGUCAUUCAACCCCGAUGUUUUGCGUUCGCCAAUUGAUUCUCGAAACAAGCACUUGUCGACUGGCUUGAACCGAAACGAGAUGAUCUAGGAAGUCUCUCGCGACGGUGGCCAGCGCGCGGUGCAUUAUUUUCUUCCUUUCUACCACUCCCUAUAAACCUUUGUAUUGUUCGAUUCUGUGCAUGGCGAUCGGCGUUCUCUCUCCUCCCGAGUCGAUACCAUAGUCCUUCAAGGCUCGCAUUUUGGCAUUAUACUUCUUUGUCCUUUUCUUCAAGGAUUUAGCUGUAUGACGACUGGAAACUAUUGCAUCUUGUUUCUCUCUUCGCUCUUGAUAUCACUUUCGGAUCUCUCAAGGCCCUUUUCGCAUUAUUGGCAAGGAUGCCAAUGAACGUAUACGACUUUACAUUUCUUUUGGUCGGACCAUGAAGGUUUCUGCAAAUUAUGACCACAUUUACUUACAGACUAUGUUUGAGGAGGAUGGAGGCAGUACUCGUACUGUAUCUUGUUAUAUUUACAUGAAGGCGGAAUGUUGGAGGUAGUAAAUAUUGGGUAUCGGGGAGAUCAAGGUUGACGGAGGCUGAUGGAGGAGAAAAAUGGGUGAAGUGAUAGGGGAUUAACGUAGCGACUGCUUUAUACAAUGUUGCCUCGCGGUACUUGUUUGAGUUAGGGGAUGAGGAAAAGGGAAUUGGAAAUGGAAAUGGAAAUGGGUGAAAGAUGGGUAGGAAUGGAUUGAAACGGGCUGGGUUGGAAAUGCAUUUUGAUUCCCCCGGAGGGUUUUAGUACUUACGAAUUGAAUGAACAGCUGCUUUGCAUUAUGGUUAUACUCGAUAAUAAUUGUGUGUAUGUGUGUUGGGAGCAGAUUUCCUGGAGCGAAGGAGUGGUGAUAGCUUCAUGUCUGCCAGGUAUGAGCUGCACUUGAGGGUUCGAAUCACGCCAACCCGGUGUCGUAUAAGUACAAGAAGCUGAUAUGUGAUUGACUGACUAUAGAAGAGGUUAUAUCGAUAUUUUAGAAUGGUGUUGUCUGUUGGUGUCAAUGGUCAAAAAAUGCAAAAAAAGACAGUUGGCUGCUCCAUCUCAUCCACUUGCCAUCCCAAAUCCCCCCGCACUAACGUGUUCCCACCCGCCACGCGACGGGGGAGAGAUCUCUGCAGAGUGAAACCUCCCUCAAGGGUCAUCUCCAGUGCUUAGGGCCGCAAAGUUCCAGCAUCGUGAGUUACCUGCACGAGUGGGCGGCCACCGCAGCGUUCGGGCGGGGCGCGGCGGAGGGCUGAGGCACCGAAGUACUACAGUAUUGGGAUGGGCGGUUGAGCGGGUUUGAACGCCUUCACCGUUAG